AUGGGACUCCCAGAGAGCAGCACAGUGGCAGCGUCCCCGCAGCCACGGCAAGGGUCGUUUGGAGUGGUGUCUACCCCGCCGCGGACAGGCAGCGGUUCUCAGCACCAGAUGAGGCUGGAGACGACAAGUCGCGACGGGGCGCUGGCAAACGGCGUGCUGCUAGGCAGCCUCACAGAGUACAGGCCGGUAUCUGCAGUCGCCCACGCGAACUCGACUGCGGCAGGGCAGACGUCCACCGGAGCCAGCCCCGCAGUGCCUUACCCCUCCGCCUCCGCUGUCCCCGCGCUACGCACCAGUGGCAGCCGCGACCACAGCGCCGGCUACCCACUGGAGGCUCUGUCACUGUCCACGCUGGGAAGUUCACCGACACUCUUCGAGCGCAACACACCCGGGGCUCGUCAGAGCGGCGUGCGAGGCAGCGGUGCGCCGCCUCUGGCGCCGUUCCAGCAGCGCACCUCACUCGACGCCGGCCCGCAGGGUGGCAACGUCAUCGCCUCCCAGGACCUUCGUGGUGGCAAACACUCGAUAGCGGUGCUGAAGGUGACGCCCGGUGGUAGGACGCAGGAGUGCCCGCGACCACCGACAUCCGACUCCACGGUCCAAGCGGGCGGCGGCUGGAGCACGCCGGGAACGCAUGCGGCACCGGUGCAGCCCCCGCGCAGGGCAUCCUUCAACCAGGUAGGCAGCACCAGCCGGCUUGGCUCAGCCAGCGCAGGCGUGCAGGUGGAAAAAAAAGCCCCCAUCAAUGAGACCUCCUUGUCAACCGUGUCCAGGGCCCACAUGGCGAUGCCGCAGGCUGUGGCCGCUGCCGAGCUCCGUCAGCGGCCGCCGCGACGCAGCUCCGCCUCCGCCAGCGCGGCUAUUGUCCAGCCAGCGCCCUGUAUAGCAACCACCACGGUUGCGGCCAAGUCGACUCAGUCCACGGCUUUUCCUAUGCCGUCCUCGACGACGACCUCGUCGCCGGCCGCCUCCACGCAACACACCGGCUCUCGGCUGUCGCGGCAGUCAUCGCGCGGGGCCCCUCGUAGCACGCGCAGCCCUGAACGGUCAGCGAUCGCGUUGACAGCAGUGAGUAACGAUGCCGCUCCGCAUCAUCGCCCCUCGUGCAACGGCGCGGUGCGCGAGGCCGGGGAGCCGCUCCUCAUCAGGCCCUCCACCCUGCAGGUGUCGACGACCACUUUCACGAAGACAACGAAGAAGGUGCGGUACCUGCUGCCGGACGAGUCCUUUGACCCCGACGCACCAGACCCGUCCGACAUUGGCGGCCUGAAGGCAGAGGAAGAGGCAGCGCUGCUGGACCCGGUGAACUACACCUGCGCCGUGGAUGAGGUGGCUGGCCGCUACCCGAUGCUGCUGCGCCGACCGAGCGCGCAGGGCGGUGAUGUGCUGCGCGGACGCCGCGGCUCCGCAAGCAGCCGGCUUGGCGAUGGUGCGCCGCACCCAACGUUUCUCCUCGAUGACGGCAACCGCUGGGCGCGCGCGACGAACCGGCCUACCGUGGCGACGACGCGCGACCCGUCCGGGACAGCGACGACAACACUGCCUGCCCCGCGUAUCCUGCAGAGGACCAGUGUGGCAGGCAAAACUUCGGCCCCCGACACGAACAGGGAUCCCUUCCCCGCCCACCAACGUGUCGCAGCUGGCGGCCGCACGGCGCAGGCGUCCAAUGGGGAGGAGGCGGGUGGCCACUUGCUCCAGCGCCACGUCCAGCAGAUAGCAACCGGAAAGCAGCUCGUCAAGGGCACUGUCUUUCAGCCGCCUUCGAUGGGGAAGCGGCAUGUUGAGCGGUGCCGGCGAGAGCAAGACGACGAUCGCAUGCACCCAGCUGCCGCUGCGCAACCCGCUCACAAGGACAAGGGCAGCAGUGCAGGUGCCCUCCCACCGCAGCCGCAGCGCCGGCGGAGCGGCAACCUGGAAAGUCUCUAUGAUGAGAUACUGCGGCGAUCGCAGCAGAACCGCCGCACCACCUUGCCCACCACCAUCCCGCCGGCCGCUGUCCCACCGCAGGCGCUGCCUCUCCAACCACCAGGGGCGGCAGCAAGAGCAGCCCUACCGACCACAGAGCGUCGCAGCUGUCGGCCGCACCUGUCCUCUGCGGAGCCGGCACCUCCCCAGCGUGGCUCCGGUGUUAACCCUGGCGUCGCGCUCCGCCUGCCCCACGCCGCGCCACAGCCGUGGUCGUCCUCGCAGCCGUGCAUCCCCAUCUCCUAUGAGCACGAGAUGCCAAGCGACAGCGAGGUGAGCAGUCGCCAUGGGUACCGCACACCCCUCAUGUACCCAGCGCCGCAGCGCGAACAGCAGGCCCCAACACCGCUGGCCAGGGCAGGAGCCGCGGCCACUGAUGGCCCAGGGCCUCGCCUCCCCAACUCCGUUCCUCACCCUCGCCCCUGUGUUCCACAGCCGCAACAGCAGCAGCAGCAAUGCCCUUCCCCACACGCAAGGCCAAGCCACGGUGUAGCGGCGGCGGCGGCGUUGAACACCGGUAGUCCCAUGCGUGGGUACACGUCUGCCCGCUUUAGCAAGUACACGAGCGCCGUCCUCGCACCGCCAUCGCCACUGGCGAGAGAGCUGGAGCACGUUUACUGUAGCAGCGACGGAAAGCCGUGCGACGACGUCUCCGGCUCACAGGCGCCUACUCCUCCGCCGAACUUCGAGGAGCCGCAUCCGCAGCACUACCAGCAUCCACUCACCUCGUCUUCCUACGGCAGCAGCGCCUAUGGGCACGAUGAGGCAGACGACGAGGGGUCCAAUGCUGCAUCGUUCGACUCGCACUACCCUUCUGACGGCAACGACGCGUACGACGACGAUGCUGCGGCGGCUGACGAGGCAUACGCCGCUGGCACACACACGCCGAGUGCCACAGUGACCGCUUCCGGUAGGAACAGCACCGGGGCGCUGGAGCGCCGCCGACUGCCGGAGCAGCACAGCUAUGCCACGCACAUGCACGAAGCGCUACAGAUGAGCAACGCUACCGGCCUGUCGCCUCAGCAACGAAGUUGCGCGCGGCAGCACGCAGAAGAGCGCCCCUCGCAGCGCACGUCAGCCGUGCACACAGAGAACCUGCGGGCUGAGGGGAUGGAGCGGCCGCACGACGAAGGCCGCUCUUAUCACCGCACGCAGGGCUCGGCGGCGCCGCCGCCCCAUCCACCUCCAACCACCUCCGCUGCCGCAUCCUCCUCCACGGCACAGCGCACGGCAGCAGGCGCUUCGGGCCAUUUGUGUUAUGGCAACAGUAGCAGCAACGUAGGCCACUCAACGACACUGCAGACGCCAGCUGCGCCGGCCUCCCACGCGGCCUUCGUCCCCUCGCUGGGGGAGUGCGACGAAGCCCUCGUGAGCACCAGCUCGUGUACCACGGACACGCAGCCGGUCGCCGUGUCGGAGUGCGGCGAGGAUGAGAUGUUCAAUGACGAGGACGACGGCCUCGUGAAGAAGGGUCCCCCAGUGCUGGUCCUCGGCGACGAGGUGUUCGCACCGGAGGGCUACGAGUACGUGAAAGAGGGUGACGAGGACGCCGAGCAGUAUGAUACAGAGAGCGAGGGCAGCAGGGGUCACCACCAGGAGCUCGAGGAGGCGCACUGA